GUGUACUACACACAGAACGCGCGAGAUAUAUAGGCCUACCCGAUUGUCAUUACCCAACAAAACUGGCACCUUUUCUCGUUUGAUUUUGGUGAAAUUUUGCUAAUUCGUCAACUGUUUUUGUAGAUUUUGAUUAAAGCUAUCACCAUGGUCAGGACAAAGGCAGAUAACUCAUGCAGGAAAGCUGUUGCGGCCAAAGCUCCAAGGAAAGCUCUAGCGCCCUCUAGGGCAGGAUCUGUGAUGUCUCCCUCAGCAGGAGGUAAGAGGGAUAAGUACAGUGGUGGGAAUCCAGUCAACCCUCAACCCACGCCAGAAUGGCAGAAAUCAAUCAGUAAGUUCUUUGUAAUGCCAUCAUCGUCAUCAUCGUCAUCAUCGUCAUCGACGUCGACGUCAGGAAAGGAGAACGAAGACCCAGUGGAGGAACCUUGCAGUAGCAAAGAUGUAGACAGGACAGAAGAAGAGGCUGGAGGAAGUUCAUCAUCUCAAGAACAAACUCCAGAGAAGAUGGAAGAGGAGGAGGAGGAGGAAGGAGACGAAGAGAGCGAAGAAGAAGAAGAGAAACCAGCACCAUCUAGGAGUUUCAAGAAAAACAGAUGCAUUAGCGACAGUGAAGAUGACGAUGAAUAGAGGAUGUUUGAUAUUGGCUUAGAUGAACAAAGUAACAACACUUGAACCCAAAGACGUGACAGAGUGUCUCCUUACAAAGGAGAGUUGUUCAGACCGGUACUGGAGAAUCAAAUUCACCCUGCAGGGAAGCCAAUGAUCACUGAUUGGUAGCCCCGAUACCUUCCCAAUUCAGGCUUCGUGUUGAACAGAACACGUGCGGUUAUAACAUGUCUGGGUUUCAAUUCAGGUACUUCAUUGGGGUAAACAGUCAUUGGGAGUAUGGAAGGUAGUUAUGUG